AUGCCAGUCAAGGAGGAGCGUCCAGGAAAGGUAAUGUUUCUUGCUCAGCCUGAUCAAAAACCGCAAGGUAAACAGGAGUGAAGUAAUUCAAAGCUCUGUGGUCAGUAAAAGUCUUUGUACAGUCUGUCGGUAAAAUAAUGAGUACAAUGUCGCCUCGUCUCAUGUUGUGUGUUGACAAAGUAAUUAGAUUUUGCCCCGCGACAAUUUAGUUUUGGUUGUACCAAGAUAAGUAGCAGUGAUCAUUGAGUUGUUUCUUUUUGCGUAUUUAAAAAAUCCCACCGUAUCUUACAGUUUGAAAAAUGUCAGCUUCUUAGCAGGCUUCCGACCUCAGAGAACACUUUAUAUACCAUGUUGUCCUUUACGACAUCCGCAAUUUUUUUAAAUUAUAAUUUUGACGCUUGAGAUUGCAAAGAGAGCCGGAGGCUAUAAAAAACGUAAUGAAGUAUAAUAUACACAUUCCACACAAAUUCAUUGACAUUUGCAAGGAGUUUAGUUCGUUACAUCCAAAAUUAUUACAGUGUAAAUAACCCGUUCACCGUAAUGACUUUACAACGUGUUCCAUCUUUGCUCUUCCAGAUGUAGGGAUGUAAAAAACAGCCCGAAAAAGGGUCGCUUCCCCUUCCCAGUAUACGAUAGUCGAAAUAGAACGCAGAUUUCUGACCCAAAAACAAUAACCAGUAAUGGGUGCUGCUGAUUACCAGCGGCACACGCGAUCCUGAGAAUUCCGGAAAGAAUAUUUAAGGCCACCUUUGCCACAUACACUUUGUUAUUAAACGCUUUUCAGCGCCCAGGAUGGACAAGAUACGGUAUUAUUUGGCGGAGUCCGUGAUCCUCGCCAAUGGAACCAACAUGAUGGUCACGUUGUCGACGAUUGCAACGCUAUGGCUUUAUGGCGUGGUAAGUUGGGUUUGUGACAAAGUGUUUUUCAAACUUUGGAAUCGCGUUUUUACAGUUUUUGGAAACAAAACUUCCCAAAAAAAUUAUUUACCGAUAAUGUAGCAAUAACAAACAACAGGAAAAACUUACCGUAACAUUCAAAAUUUGAGUUGAUACUUAUUUAUUUUUGCUGUUUUUGAAGAAAAAACUUUGUUGAUAUUAUGUUUUAUAAACCGUGAAAGCCCGAUUCAAGUGUGUACUACUACAUUGGGUCAUUAAAUAAAAUUUUGUCAAAUUUGCAUACCACGCGCGACUAAUUGUAGGCCUCUUCGCAAUGGUCGAUUUUAGACUUUUUUUCGAAAUACGAUGGCUAUAACAUCGUUUGUUUUCUCCCCAAAUUGAUGACAAAUGUCAUCUCAAAUUAAAUUUACAUUUCUUUUGUCUGUGCUCAAAGUGGCCGCACGGUGGAGCGGCACUUCAGUUUAGGUGAUUAUUCAUCAUCCCAAUUCUUAACUUGCAAACUGUACAUGUUGUUCCAUUAUUCUCAUCAAAUCUACGGCUAUUUCUUGUAUCACCAACUGGGACAUAUGUAAAUUAGUUCAUAAUUUUAGCGUUUUCACAAGGGAAGUCUCCCCAGUGUGAUGCUGAUAUUUUUUUACGUAACUUUUCUGACUGGCAAGGUCUGUUUACCCACUGUCGCAUAUUAUCAACUCCUGAUAAUUUUAGUUAUUGCAUUGUCCGGCCAAGAUGAUUCUACGAUCUUUGUCGAUGGGAGAGUGCGCAAAGUGCGCAGAACGGUGAAAAAUAAAACGCUUUUAGCCAAAUCUCUGCCAAUUUGACUCUGAAAAGUCGGUUUUUGUGAAACGUUUUAGAGAAUUCUGUUUUUAAUAGAAGCUAUACACAAAGCUCAAUUUUUUGUGUUUAUCUUUACAAACUCCCAAAAAACUGUCAAAUUUUUGGUGAUUUUCUGUCUCGAUUUUUGCGCACAUGAAAAACUGGCUGCAUCCAAAAAAAUCAAGUUUGUGCCAUUACAAUCAAGGUGUUCAUAGCAUUCCACGAAGUUAAGACUAUCUACAGGGUCUUUCAAGAAAUGUGCAGGAAAGUAGGAGGCUAUAACUUUCGGCGGAGGCGGCGCAGAGAGUUCGUUUUUGGAAUAUGUAUUUUUCAGUGACAUUAUUUUUUGCCUACGAAAUAACAAGAUUUUUAAGUGCAAACUGAGGUCGCUACAACCUUUUGAAAAAGGGGUCUUUUACCCCGAAAACCAGGGUUUUUCGGUUGAAAAUGAUCGAGAAAUUUCAGAGUUUUUCGGUCGAAAAUCACCGAGAAAUGUCGGGUUUUUUGGGGGGUUUCGAUAGAGCUGACGUUGAAAACAGGGAAGGAAAUUGCCAAAACGUUGAAAAUUAAGCAAAUAUUCGGCUACUCUUUAUUCUGACACUUUACUGCUAGCAAAAACUGGUUGGCUAGCCAACCAGUUUUUGCUAGCAGUUUAAAAGUUUGAUUGUCAUUCCUGCCCUUUGACGCCCAUUACACCCCUUUGACUAGUUUUUUAAAGACUUCACAGACAUUCUGGUGCCUUGUCUAGCCGAUUCCAGGUCCCCCAAAUCCACAAAUGAAACACUGAAAAUAAACUCGAAAUCUGCCCCAAGUUGAGGCUAGCCGAAUUUUUGCUUAAUUUUCAACGUGUUGGCAAUUUCCUUCCCUGUUUUCAACGUCAGCUCUAUCGAAACCCCCAAAAAACCCGACAUUUCUCGGUGAUUUUCGACCGAAAAACUGAAAUUUCUCGAUCAUUUUCAACCGAAAAACCCUGGUUUUCGGGGUAAAAGACCCCUUUUUCAAAAGGUUGUAGCGACCUCAGUUUGCACUUAAAAAUCUUGUUAUUUCGUAGGCAAAAAAUAAUGUCACUGAAAAAUACAUAUUCCAAAAACGAACUCUCUGCGCCGCCUCCGCCGAAAGUUAUAGCCUCCUACUUUCCUGCACAUUUCUUGAAAGACCCUGUAUUACAGUUUGAGACUCCGACAUCUUCUGCAAGAGCAUGUUUAAAUUUUCUCGGAAUGUUUUAAUUUCAUUUUAUGUCAAAUUUUUUCAAAAUUCAUUAAUUUUAUAAGAUUCAUCUCUCAGAAUCUCUACGUGAGACAUCUGAAACACGCACGCGUAUAAUACUGAAUGCUGUGAAAUUAGCGGUGCAACAUAUGGCUUUUAGAUUUAUAGAAUCGGGUCGUUUGAAUGAGUUUGUGACGAUAAUCAGCUCCCUUUUCAGCUUCGGAUGCCGUGGGUUGCAGCCGAGCGUUGCAAAGUCUUCAGGAUUCAUUUUUUACCUAGGAUUCCUGGAAAUUGGUUCGAUUUUAGAAUUUUUGUCUAAUAUUUGUCCGUCGUAGAUUUUUAGAACUCUAAACUUUUAUUCGUAAAGGAAGAUAAUUUUGCACUUUAAGGUUGCCAUGUUCCAGAAUGUUCGGUGAUGACAAGUCCUAGGAAUUGGGGUUUGUAUAAGGUGUAUAAGAGUAGUCUGUGUUUGAGUUUUGGAUCUCACAAACAUUAUCAGACAAGGAACGUAGAGCUGGGAAGUAAGCGAAGUUGAUUGCAACCCCAUCUCAAAAUAGGCUUUGAUUUAAAAAAAGGGGAACCCGUUGCAAAUGCAUGGUGUUAAUUUUUGUUAUCGUAUCAGUCUAGAACGUAAGGAAAGACUCUUUAUUCGCAACCUGAACGUACAUAUGAGGUCCUGGUUCGGACUAGUUCUUGCCUAGGAAUGUGCGGGAUCACCCUUAAUACGUUUUUUUCUCAGUAAUCAAGGAUUUGAGAACUUUUUGAUUAUUAUAGUUUAUAAAGUGCGAUUGAAAUGAAUGUAAAACACUUCGUAAUACCAUAGGAUACACGAUGGAGUGAAAUCGGGGCAGGUUAAUUCAAAAUCCAAGCCAGAUUGGUCAAAAAACCGUUAGGGGUAGGUAUCCUUUUGAAACCAAAAAUAUUAAAAUAGUUGCCAAACCGAUAAAUAAUUUUUUGCACUGGCUGAUUCCAUGCGGUAAUAGGUCUUUAGACAUGCUCUUUCGAAUGGCAUUAGCAGUUUUUCGAUAUCCUUUACCAAACCUUAGAUACUUCAAUUUUCCAUGGGGUAAGUAUACUUCCGUAACGGAGUGUAUGCCGAAGAAAAAAAUGCGCAAACGUUAUAGAAUUCUCCAGGCUUGGGCCAAAUUUGGAGGUUAUGAAGAAAACCUGCGCUCCAAGUGUCCGACCCGGCUCAAGGUUUUAAAAAUGCGGUAACGGUGAUAUCAGGUUCGGCCCGGGGCUUUUUUUUGACAUGCCUGCAGGUGUCACCGUGGUAGAAUCUUUGAAUUAGUUACUAUUACUUGUCUUCAAAGACGGAGAGAAGUCUAAAAUAUGCACUAUUAUAUUCUGCAAGGUGCCUCCAAUAGAGUCCUCAUAAUCACCGAUUUUUUGGGGUUUCAUACGGCUAAAAAAUUUGCGGCAAUGCUUCUACCGACUUUUACCGAGGUUUGAUAGUAGUUAGAACACAUUUAAAACACGCGUUUUUCUCGGAAGACACAACUUCGAACGUGGUCUCUGUUUACUUCUGCGACUUCCUUAAACAAAGUUUGUAUCGUUCAUAAGAUUCUGCAAAGUGUCUGUGCUUCCGAACGACUAUAUGUCUGCCAAAUUGCGACGUCCCAGGUUAAAGUACACGGGAUUUACGUGGUUGGAAAUAAAUUGCGAUGAAUGAAUGGAUCGCGUUCUGCACGGCUGCUUCAGUUUCCUUUUUAUUUUGAAUGCCCCCAAUUUGAGAGGGCUAAUGAGAUGGGGACGAUGAUAAGAUCGAAACAUCGUCUACGUUUUUUACAAACUAACACACAUUGCGAUCUUCAAAAUUUCUUGAGAAUUGUAGGGAUGAGAAAGUCGCGAACUUUGAUGUUAGGAGGAUCUAAAUGGGGCAGGACCGCCGUCAUUAGCAGUCUGAAUAUCUCUUAAAAUUGUCACAUUUUGGGUAUAGUUUGGGUUGGUGCUUUUUGGAAGUUGUUGAUGACUAAAGAUACUAUAUUUACCAAGGUUAAGAGGGUCAAUUUGUACACCGAAGAACUGGCAAUUUCUUCGCCCAUUUUUUGCAAUUUCAAGUAAAAUUUGAUCAGUGUAAGACACAAUGUCUUAAGUUGUCUUUUAUCGUAAAUGUGUAGCUUUACUCCACAUAACAUUUUGUUUUUUACUUUUGAAAACUAAACUUAAUAACUUGCAAAAAAAUGCAAACUGCGUUAUCAAACAUUGGACUGGGACUCUUGAAAAAAAAUCAGCGGCAAAUGAUGUUGCAAUAAUAUGUAUAUGAGGCGAUAAUUUGGCUCAGAAAUGCUUUUUUCCAAGUCCUAUAUAUAAAUAUACAUAUCUUGGCUUCAGAAGUGCUUCAAAUGACUUAACGCUGUAUUUACUGCGGCUAUAAUUUUUUCGUUUUCAUGCUUUUUAUGUACAAAGUCAAAACCUUUAGAAACGAACACUCAAAGAUGUCAAUUUAAGAAUAAAACUAUUGGUUAUCGCAUCCUUUUAUCGCGAUAUCGAUAAGAAUAAAAUUAUCGCUGAAAAGCAGCGAUAAUGGCCUUCACCGUUUCGCGGAAUCAUAAUCCCAGCAUUUUUGGUGAAGGUCAAUAUUCAGGCUAUCUGAAUUAUAAUUUUCUUUGGGUAUACUACUCUGUUCGGAAGUCGUUGGGGUGAUUUUUGUGGCAUGUGCGAAAAAAGUUCACUUUGCACCUUUUGCAUUUUUUACGGUGCACUUCAUGUCGCCAAAAUCACUCAGCGAUUUUGCGAACGGACUAUUAUGAUCCAAGUAUCCAAGUCAUCAUCUAAAAUUUUUUUUUUUAAUUGCAAAAACUCGUCGCCCAGAUUUGUAGUAUCAGUUUGAACUUUUCGCCCUUUUCGCAUAAUCAGCGGCACAUUUGGCUCUCCAGGAUUCUCCCAGUUUCUGCUAUUUAUAUCCUCUUCAAAUAUCUGAAUCUCCGUCCCCUAAGGCGUCUAAAUUUAUUCAACUCCGCUUGAAUGGCGGCUUUAAUGAAUUAAACGGGCCAUUGGAAAGUCAAUGUUUCCAAUCAACUAACUCUGUAUUUAUAUUCAACCUUCAUGUUGUGUCAGGACCCUCAGGGCAUGAGGACUCGUCUGUUUCGACGUUGUGUAAUUGAGGUCCGAGAUGCUGAGCCCGAGGACUUCUUUUUUUAAGAGGUGUAGACGGAGGCGAUGAUGUCUGCAGCUUGGGGAAUGUUGACGGAUUUCCCUAAUUUUUCGGGGUUGCGGCAUUUUUUUGAUGUCUGUCUUGUUGUGGAUGUCUGGGUUUGACGUGGAGUCACAUUUGCUGGGAAGUCGGGUCUUUUGCAGCCAGAUAAUUUCUUGUGAAAAGGAAUGACCCCUUCGAGAAAAGCUUUUUUUGCCGAAAAUCUUGCUUGAUGACUUUAGAAGUUUGCAGCAGCCACAUUGCAUAAUAGCCUUGUUUCUGCAUGUUCCUGGAGUUUACGUCUUUGAAUUCUUAUCUUGAACCACUCAAUGAGAAACGUUUGUCAUACUAAAGGAUCAACCGCAUCUGUAUUUGUUAGAUAACAAGAAAGUACGCUCAGAGAGCACGGUGUGCUGAACGUAGAUAGGUAGAGGUCGAUGUAGAUAGGAUUUGAGAAUAGACCCAAGAUUAGGAAUAAGGUUUAUUGAACCACCGCACACAAAGAAAGAGAAUGGGGAGAAUGUUCUUAUAAUUGGUGACGGGACGUUGCUUUUAUAUGAGUUGGUUUAUGCUAAUUUGUUUGGGAAUUGUGGACACUUUUGAGGCUCCACAACACAAGGUAUCCCAAGUGUCACGCUCAGAUUUUCUUCAAAUUUUGAACACAGUUUGAGCAAAUGCCACAUUUCAAUCACUGAAAGUUCUAGCUGGUCCCGCUUUGCAGGGAAAUAAUUGAUAUUGGUCAUUGUAAGCCUAAGCGUUUUCUACGCUUUUUCAAAAGUGUGUAGUCCUUUUCGCCUACGCCGAAGCGUUAUUUGGAAUGCGCGGUGCAGCUAUAUUUUCCGGCAAGUCUUAUAAAUUUUUCCUUUAUCUAAUACCUCUAAAACCCCGGUUCUUUGAGGACUGCAGUCCAAAUUCUGCAGCCAAAUUCCUCGUGUAGUUUACUGCAAACCAUAUAGUAUGUCGUAGCCCCAAUUGCCGUCUCAUUUCGAGGCUAAUGGCCAUUAUCCACCCAUAAAUUGGUUGUUUCCGGGUACGUGAUGUCCUCCUUCUCCCUUACUCAUUUUACUUUUAUUACUCCAUCGAGAUGACCUCAAUAUAGCGCUCAAUUCCCCAUAGUCCCCUGUUUUUAAGGAGUAUUUCCUUGUUGUUACGGCUCGAUUAAUUUUUGAGUUUUUAUUCUUUUUUUCUUUCUUUUUUACUUCCGUGUAAUCUCCUCGAAAUGUAGGCGAAAAACUGUGGAUGCAAAGAUACGAAAAAACUGUGGGUUUUUUAAAAAUAUUCUGUAGUCCCUGGGGGCCUGUUGUCCUUUUGUUGUCUAAAGUAUGUGGGUUUUCUGUAAUUGGAGGCCACGUGAAAUGUGUGAGGAAUGUCAAAUGAGGCUAUUUUUGUGGCUCAUCUACGUCGCCUAUCAAAUUGUAGGUGAGGAAAUUUUGAUGAUUACUAGUCUAGUUCAAUCGAGGUUGGUUGAGAAGCUAUAGAUGAUUUUUUGAGCCUCUCUCACAGAAGGCGGGAGAACAUGGCGGGAGCCGCUGUAGAAUGGGAGCGAAAGUAUCGAGGGAAAGUUUUGUGUCUAGUUGAGGCUGCAUAGGCAAAAUUUGAAAGAAAAUCUGAAUUUUCUUCUUCCAUACUCGUGGCAAAAAAUCUUGAUAUCAGUAUAUCAGUCUGUCGGAAAAGUAAUCGGCACUCUGUUGGAUCGAAAAUCCUGCCGUCUUGAAAAUUAAUUGUGUCACGACAAAACUUCAAAUUACCUUUCACUGGUUGACUUUCGAUGCGACAUUGCGCUCACUAUUUCCCCGACAGACUGAUAUUUUCCACAGUCGGGGUUUUCGCGCAUCCCUGUGAAAGUUGUGAAAAAAUGUUUUGCACAGUGCGUUUUGCCGCAAAUUUUACAAUUAGAAACAAUGCGACAAUUUUUUCAAGUUAUCAGGACUCUUUGGCGCUGGUAUAUCUGUUUACAUAGAUUUUUACUUGCGACCAAAAAAGCAACAGCCCAAAAGGUUCAGAAUAAAUACGAAAUUCUCAGUAUUUGCCCGAAUUAGAGAAAUGAUGAUAUUCGGAAAACGUAAUUGCCCCUUCUUCAGCAAAUUCUCAACGAAUCCGCAUUCGUUUUUCAAGAGAGAGCAACGCGUUUUCCUGGAAAGUCCGUUCAAACAAGAUACUUUUUGGAUGUCCCGGAAAGAGAGUAAUGUAAAUUAUGGAGCAAAAUGCAGGUCUUGUAGAUCAAAUUAGAAAGGUUUUCUUAUUGUUAGAAUAAUGAUGGAAUUUUGCGAUAUGGAUGAGCAUUAAAUCACCUUAUUUCUGGCAACAGGAUAACGUAUUUUACACUUCUUUUUUAUCUGAUAUUUUCUUACUUUGUAUAGCCUCUGACUUGACUUACCGCAUACAAAAUUUACCACCCCAACCUUGCUUUUUCAGAUGGUUCUUCUCAAGCCGCAGAACCUAGCACCAGUAAAGCGAACACUAAAGGAAAUCUUUGUCGACUCUCUAAUAUACAACGACGUGAUAGCAUUAAUACUUGGUGUCAUCUUCAACGCCCUCCUCAUCAUGGCGAUUAGGAUGUCGAGGAGGAAAUCGAGUGCACAAUACGUAAAGCUGGUGCUGAUUGCGGCAGUUUUCGACUUUUUCUUCGCGAUUGAAGAGCUUUUUUCACAGCAUGUAAGUUUGAUUUGACAGUAUCCCUCAAAAUUGCAUAAUGCCUAAAUUUUUCCUCUUUUAAUACGAGUGGAGUUAGUGCUCUCUUCCCGCUUAUGACACAGCCAUUUCAAUAGUUACAACCCAACUUUCGUUAUGUUUAAAAAUAUUUUUCCCCCUCCUCCAAAUUAAUUCCCCUUUGAAUUCGUCUAAAAUACGUAUACGGCGAGUUCAUUUUCACUCGAUUAUUACAUCAGAACGUGUCGGAAAUUGUGCCAGCACUCUUUGAAAGCGGCGUUUGCUUAAUUACUAUACAUUAUGAACAUUGUAAAUUACCGCUUUUUAAGCAUCUUUCCACCCUCCGCCCGCAUGUUUGUUAAUCAAAACAGCCGAAUGUUGACGCAUGCAACCCGCGCUCUUAGGACAUUAAAAAUCACUAAAUUAAAGUGUGCACUUAGUGUUAGAUUACAACAAAGACCCCACAUAAUUAUUCUUUACUAUGACAUUUGCCUGUAACAUGUUCGUUCUUACAGCAAUUGCACGUAAAAGGCGGAGUAAUUUAUAUGCUGGCGCAUGGAGUGGAACAACUCAUGCCCCCACACUUAUACUGGAUCUGUAUCAUACCUCACGGCUUCUUCACGGUGCAUGGAUUGUUUAUUCUCUCGGGAUUGUAUCACUUCCGAUACAAGAUGAUGAUUGAGUAAGUUGGGAAGAUUUUGGAGGCAAUUUAUUCUAUAAUUGCUUAUGUAUAGUCACAACAAUGCCUAUAAGAGAUAAUAUGAUUUUUGAAGCGCUUAGAGGGCCUUAGCUACACAAGAAAGCAUCUAACACAUGCCGUUUUAUCUUUGAUAACAUUUAAAAGGCGGAAAAGUGCUACGUCGAUCCUGCGGAUUUCCUGAACCGUUUGACAUUUCGUCCAUACACUAUCGAUUGACCAAAAGAUUUUAGAUACAAAAAUUCUUUCGACAGAUAUUUGGAGGAUAAAAGUGGACUAAGAAAUCAAGGACAAAUUACAACGUUAUUUUCUGACCAGAAAGCAAGAUUUUGCCCCAGCUAGUCAUGAAAAAACAGCCAAAGAUUUUUUCCAAAUUUUUGUGACGAAACCCCACAUUUUUUGAAUCUCUGUCAGGAAAUACCUUCAAAAAAUACCCCAGAUUGACGUGCAACGUCUUUCGCGAAAAAUUGGGGACAUCUUGAAGUCGACAGCCCAUAUUAUGUAUUCUAUACUACAUUCGCUUUCAGUGUAAAUACAUCUCCUUGGAUGUUGGUCCGAAAUGUCGGGAUUACCUCACUCAGCGCUCUCCUCACCUCCUGCUGUCUAACUUACGGCAUAUUUCAAGGGAUGAAUGAGCGAGGAUACGGCUAUUACUAUAAACGGCUGGAAAAUGAGUGGUUCGGCAAAUAUGGGCAACGCUAUUUCGUUUAUGCCGCGGAUUUGGUAAGUCUGUCUGGGAAUUUUCGAUAAAUCAUCAUCUGACCACAUCGUAUCUUCAUUUAAUUUUGAAACAAUUGCAGGACUUUGCCGGAAUCAAAGCCUACUUUUUCCUCGGCCUCACGCUGGCUUCAGUCUCCGUAUUUCUAAUAUUCUUCUACGCCUACAAGGCCUGGAAAUUCGUGAAUCCGAAUGCCCACAGCAGCAGUGCCAAGACGAAACUCAUGCAGGCCCAAUUCACACGUGCCAUAUUGAUUCAAGUAGGUCAUUUGCAACACAUUCAAAAUUUUCAAGGCAAAAUUUACGCUCUCAAUUUUGUUGUAUCCUUCACGCACCAGCUGCUGUAUGUUGACUGGUGGUGGUGAAGGUACGGAGUCAGCCAGAUGUAGUGGGAUAAUAAGAAUAAAUUUAUUAUCAGACAAAAGCAACAAUACGUAGCAUAACACCAAACAUUCACUGAAUGAAAAUAACAAAUGAGGUCCUAUUUCUCUUCCAAGCUUCGAGAAGCUUCGAAUGAGACGGAAUGCCAAUACAGUAACCGUAGUUCCUGUUUCGGGACACAACAAUUUUUCUCACUACUAAAAUCUUAUGCAAAAACUAAUAGACUUGAUUUUUCAGACCGUGAACGCCUUCGUUUUUGCCUUCUUCCCCGUCGGUCUCUUCACUUUCCUCGCGAUUUUCCGAUUUAACGGCGAAUACCUGGGGAUUCUGGUGAUGGCCGUCGUCUCCUGGCUCCCCGCCGCCAAUGGGGCCAUUACAAUUUAUGUCGUCAAGGAUUUUCGAAAUUUCGUCAAGGGAUUUUUGGGAUGUCGUCGACUGAAAGUGAUGACUGCAACUGUGAGUGUGGUGGGCUCCUCCACCGCUCCCAAAUUCUCGAGGACGACCAGGAAUCCGACCAGUCAGACGAGUUAA